GAGGGACUAAGUCCAUGUUAAUGCCAUUCCUUUGGAAUAGGAUGUUCAACAAGCGCACAUAGGGGUCAUGGUCAGGUGUCCACAUACUUUUGGCCAUAUAGUGUAUCUAUGUGAACAUAGAUGGUACAGAUAAUAACAACUGGCAUGAGCUAACAUUGUCUACUUGAGUAUUAUUUUUGCAUUGUGGCACUCUCUGCUGGGAAAACUUGGACUCGGUGGACGUCUUCGUUUACACACAGCGAAUACACGUACAUUGUUUUGAUCUUUAGCAUUUUAGCAUGAUGUGUCUUAAAUCAACUUUAAGUCUCAUUCUAUCGGUAAUGACUGCAGGAGAUCCAUCAGAGAUGGUAAAGUUCCCUUUUCUAAUAGGUAUGUGACCAUGCUGGGGCAUGAACGGGUAUUGUUUUGUGGUGUUCAGAAUCAGGAAAUAAGACAAUUAAACAGCACUUCAUGAAACAGUAGAUAACCUUUCAUAGUGUAUUGCACUUCGGUGUGUGUGUGUGUGUGUGUGUGUGUGUGUGUGUGUGUGUGUGUGACUGGGAGAGAACCUUAAGUGAGAAUUAGAUCUGAAAGUGGGAAUGGGAAAAACCAACACACACACACACACACACACACACACACACACACACACACACACACAAACACACACUCACACUCACACACACACUUACAGAUACUGCCAAGUGAGUGGAGCGUUGCACAGAGAAGGACAGAUCUCAGCUGUCAGUGUGUGUCUUGUCUGACCGUGUCUACUACUGUACAGUCUGUACACUGUAAAAAAAAAAAAAGAAGAAGAAGAACAAGAAGUGUAGCGUCAACGAUAUAUAACAGUUUAAUUUUCACCUGACAUGGAUUACGGAAAACCGGAGACGCUAAUUAAAGAACUACAGCUGAAGGAUCAGUUUGAUAACUUGGAGAAGCACACUCAGUGGGGUAUAGAUUUUGUGGAGCGCUACACCAAAUUUGUCAAAGAGCGAUCCGAAAUCGAGCUCAGCUAUGCAAAGCAGAUCAGAAAUUUGUCUAAGAAGUACCAACCCAAGAAGAAUGCCAGGGAAGAAGAAGAGAGCAAAUACACCUGGUGCCGUGCAUUUCUGGCGUCUCUGAACGAGCUGAAUGACUACGCCGGCCAGCACGAGCUCAUCGCCGAGAACAUGACAUCACAGAUCAUCACUGAGCUCACGCGAUACUCACAGGACCUCAAAGCAGAGAGAAAAUCGCAUUUCCACGAUGGACGGAAAGCUCAACAGCAUAUUGAGAACAGCUGGAAACAGCUGGAACUGUGUAAGAGGAAUUUUGAGAGAGCCUGUAAAGAGGCAGAUCGAGCACAGCAGUACUUUGAGAAAAUGGAUGCUGACAUCAAUGUGACGAAAGCAGAUGUUGAGAAGGCCAGACAGCAGGCGCAGUUUAGACACCAGCUGGCAGCUGACAGUAAGAAUGAAUAUUCCAACUACCUGCAGAAAUUUAACCAGGAACAGACGGAACAUUACCACACACUCAUCCCUAAUAUCUUUCAGAAACUCCAGGACAUGGAGGAGAGGAGGAUUGAGAGAGUGGGGGACUCCAUGAAGACCUUUGCUGAGCUGGAUCGAGAGAUUCUGCCCAUUGUAGGGAAAUGCAUUGAUGGUAUAACCAGAGCGGCUGAGAGCAUAGAGGCGAAGACUGACUCCGCACAGGUGGUGGAGUCGUAUAAAUCAGGGUUCGAGCCACCCGGUGACGUGGAGUUUGAAGACUACGGUCAGGCAAUGAAGAGGACCGUUUCGGAGACCAGCCUGACCAACUCGCGCCCUGAUAUUAAGCCCGAAAAACCCAGCAAGAGCAAGACCAAACUCUGGCCGUUCAAGAAGAACAAGCUUAUGUCCCUAUUAACACCCCCUGACCCACGCCCACCCCCUUCAGAGCCCCCCUCACCUUCUACUGUGACCCUUGACCCCUGCCCCGCCCCUCAGAGCCCUAAACCACCCAAGGAGGCCCUCUCACACCGCUUCAAUGAUAUCAUCACAUCCAAGCCUAAAAUUCACUGCCUUCGGAGCCUGCGUCGUGGGCUCUCUCUCAAGCUGAUCUCACUCAAUGCCCACGUGCGGAACCUUAUUGAGGGUGCAACUCCAGAGGAUUUCAGUCACUUGCCCCCGGAACAGAGGAGGAAGAAACUACAAGCGAAGAUCGACGACAUUAAUAAAGACAUACAGAAAGAGUUGGACCAGAAAGAUGCAUUGACUAAAAUGAAGGAUGUGUAUGUGAAGAACCCCCAGAUGGGGGAUCCAAGCAGCGUGGAUCCACGACUUGCAGAGAUCGGCCUUCACAUCGAUAAACUACAGGCUGAGCUGCAGAAGUUUGAGGGCUGGCUCGCAGAAGUAGAGGGCAGAAUGCCGGUGAGAAGUGAAUCGACUCAGAGACAAAGUGUUGUGUAUGAAACUCAAAACAGUACAACAACAGCAAACAACAACUGUGCGCAGGACCGUGAAAGCAGUCCAGAUGGUAGCUACACUGAGGAACAGAGCUCUGAACAAAGGGUGACAAAGGUUCAGACUGAUCCGGAGUUUGAUGAGUUUGAUGAUGCUGAGGAAGAAAUGCUGCCUACCAUCGGAACCUGCAAAGCACUCUAUCCGUUUGAAGGUAACAAUGAGGGCACGCUGGCAUUAGCAGAAGGAGAGGUGCUUUUUGUGAUCGAGGAGGAUAAAGGAGAUGGCUGGACGCGUGUCCGGAGGAACGAGGAAGAGGAGGGCUACGUUCCAUCGUCCUACAUCGAGGUCUUCCUCGACUCCAAUGCCAAAGAUUCCUAACUGAGAGAAGAGGGCACAUGGCAAGUGACUGCAAAUAUAGGAAAACACCACUCUUCAGCAAAAAGGAGAGAGUGAAACGACGGCGAUGAUGAUGAUGAUGAAGAUGAAGAUGAUGGACAAAUUAAGUUGGAAGAAAAAGAUGCACAGGGGACUGAGGAGUCUCUACUGCAGACAGUAACUGAAACAUGCCCAUGCAACCAAUCAGAGAUAAUAAUAAUCAAAAAUAAUAAUCUGACCCUCAUUUAGGCCACAUGUAAAACUAUUGCUUCUUUGCUAUGCAUCUUACUAGCACCGUAAUUGUAAUUCAGUUCAACAUGACCUUGCAUUCAUUUCCGUCUACUGAGACGGAGCGAUAUAGCAUAAACUACACAUGGGCACAGAUAACACAGCUCUGAUAACAUUACCCUCGUCCAGUCGAUCCGUAUGACACUUAACCACUCUUUCCAAGCCUUUCAUUUCAGUGUCGUUCAACAUGUGACCGGUUUACCUUCAAACAUUUGAUUUUUUUUUCCAAAUAUCACACCGUUAACAAGAGGGUAUGUGUCUGUAGGAUUGGACAAAUAGGCCUAUGCUAUAUAUUCUAUAUGCAGUUUGAGUUUUUGUGUUUUUACAAUCAGGCCCUCUAGGGAAAUCUCAUACUGGCUUAUUUGCACCAAUGUAUUGCACCAACAGAUUUAUAUUGUGUUUCUUUCUAGAGUAUUUUUUAUAACAAGCACUGUAUUCUGUUGCUUCUUUAGCCAGUGUGUAGCAAUUAGGGGUUGCAUAGAUUAGUCAAUUAAUACGCUCAUAAGACGCAGUGGGGACGUCAGGGCAGGAGAGUGUAGAAAAAAGAAAAAGAAAAAAAAAAAGUAAGGCAGAGAGUAAAGAAAGCAGGCUAAAUAUAUGUCAUUGGUCUAAAAAAAAAAAAAAAAAAAAAAAAAGUCUAGACAAAUCCAAGUCUUUAGUCCAAUUGUCCAUUGUGUAAAACUAUGCUUUUCUAGAACAUUAUGACUUUCAUAUUACUUUUAUCGUUAAAAGUUAAAAGGUGUGCGUGGGACUGUUUUUUAUUAUUUUUUUUAUCCUACUCACCCAGUUAUUUUUUGUUGUCCUUUUAAAGCUAAAUAAAGAUGAAAUAAAAUCCCUGCUCUUUGGCAUCA